UUCUAAAUUUACCAUCAUCUACACCGAAGCCCAUCGAAAAUGUGCCGGUCAAUAACAAUUUAGAUGCAUCAGACGAUAUGCUAGCGGACGAUCCAAAUCAAAGUCGUUUCGGAGAAGAAUCACCGCAAUAUUAUGAAGACACUACAAGAGUUUAUUUGAAAUACUCCAAGGAUCAAGAGCCAGUGAUGCCAAUUUAUGAUCAACCAAUAACAUUGACAGUUACACAACGUCCAUAUCAAAUGCCACAAAGUUACAAUCGAAAAUACUAUCAGUCGUUUAUAAAGUCGGCGAAUGAAAAAGAUGAAACUGAGGGCAUGCUUAUUAGCGAUUCAAUGAAGAAAUUACUUCUUCCGUAUAUUGCGGCGAAGAAACAGAAAGUUCAAAACACUGAAAGUAGCGACAAUAACCCGACGACAUCAUCGAAACAAGAUACUCAGGCGACUACGGAUGCUGUUGUGACAAAGCCAACGGAAUUAACUCAUACUCGUUUUGAGAGUGAAUCGAUUAUAACGACAACAGAAAAAAGAAACUUGGUACCAAGUACAAAUACAGAUCAAUAUCCAACACGUUUCCAACCCGAUUCAACGAUCCAACAAAAUCAAGGAAACAUCUCACCACCCCAACGUCCUAACUUCGGACAUGGUCAAACCCAAAACACAGUUCAGUAUCCACCACCAUCAAAUGUCCAUCCAAAUCGAGUAUACAGCCAUGACCCUGACAGAAUUGUUUUCCCCGGCGCACAAUCAGAAACACGCAGAGUCUAUGGGUACUAUCAUCAAAGUCAACCUAACCGAGGCUUUACACCGCAAUUGACGGAAAUGCAACCAGUCCAUCAUAGACCAAACUAAACGCUUAGUUCCAAUUCAUUAAAUUUGACAUUUUUUUUUGCAAAGAACGACAUUUUGUUUUUUUUUUUUUUUAAUUUGGAAUUUGCUUUUA